CGAAGGGGCGCAAACCAAAAUCGAGAGCCUACAGGAGAAAUGCAGUAUAGUCAGUUGUUAAAGUUUGCGCAAUUAGUCAUUAGUGGUGGUGGAAAAUUGCAAAUUUAGGGAUUAAAAUCCCGAAAAAUAAGAAGAUUUCGCAUUGAUUGUGAAAGCGAGUGCUGCAAUGAGAAGAGGCGGUGAAGUGUUGCAGAUUUUUUCGAAGUUAAAUCUAUUGUUUAUUGUUCUGAUUUGGGCUGUUCCGAGAGUGCAAGGAUUGCCGAAAGUUUUUCGGACCAACGAAAUAUGUGGAGUUUAUAACGGACACCGCGUCUAUCUGGAGCUCGGAGAUCGGGGGCAACUGCAGGCUACCAAUGUGACCGUUGCCAAAUCAGUCGACCUAACCGCGCCGUCCAUCUGCACCUUGGAGUUGGUUACAUGUCCUUCAUGCAACAUCAAAAUCUCAUUAAGCUACAGUAAUUUCCCGACGAAAUGUGCUGUACAUAAUGAGCUACCGUGUCGUUGCGAUUAUCUGGAAUUUUCCGAACCGCCCUUCGAGGUGGAACAAUCUGGACGGCGCAGUUGCGGCCAUGACGUUGUCUAUCAAACGCAAACGCGCUCGGUGCUGAUCAAGUUCCUCCACUGGAGCAACCACUCGCACGCGUUCACCCUGGAAUACGUGGCGGAGAGGAAUCGUGAAACAUUGCAGGUCAACCCUGGUGGAAUACAUAACCUGACGGGAGGAGUGCACACCAAAACCAUUACGACGCCGUACUUUCCAUCGUACUACCCGCGGGACUUUGGCAAGGAGUACGUUCUGAACUGCAACGUGGAAGCUUGCCGGGUGAAUGUUAUCUUCAGUGAUUUCCUGCUGGCGAAGACAUCGACGAUGGAGUUCUACGACUGGAAUGGGCAGCGGUUGCAUGCGAUAUCGGGAGCAAGCUUUCGACCUCCGGUGGUGCAGAGUACCGGGCCAUCGAUGAUCAUCAGAUUCUACGCUAACGGAGGGUCAGGACUAGGGUACAGGGCGAGGGUAUCAUUCUUGACGGUGGAGAGUGCGGCGACUCCACUGAUGCUACCGGAUACGAACUGCGGUGGGAUGGUGGAGAAUGUGGGUGGAGCGAUUACGAUGAUGAAAAUGGUUCAGGGACAGGAUGAGGCUAGAAUGUUUGAUUGUAUCUGGCUACUGAAGCCUCCGAAUACAUAUGCUCAUUUGAAGACUCACCUUUCGUUACGGAUUGAUACGUUUGAAAAGUUGGGACCGAAUUCGUUGUUGACCGUGGGUCAAGGGACAACUUCGGAUGGUGGGAUCUUGGACGUUGUAAGACCGAAUAUCGGUGGGCAUAGCAAAAACUAUGUGACACCGUUGACCUCCGGAUUCUAUGUGCAUCUAAGGGCAACGUUUGCUAUGCAAUCCAGAAUGGCAUUGGUCUACUCGGCUUUCAGUUAUCUAGAUUGUUACAUGGGAUCUGAAUUCCUGUGUCAGAAUAGGAAAUGCAUCCCGGUUCAACUGCACUGCGAUGGCUUCGAUCACUGUGGAGAUGGAAGCGAUGAGCCGGCAAGCUGCGAAGCUCAGUGGGAAACGGAACGCGUAGAUCGCCGGUGGUAUUCGCAUACGCCGAAUUACUACUUUCCGAAGAUUGAUCGCUACCCGGACCUUCGGACCGCAACGGUUAUUUUUAUAGCCAGUGCUUUCGGCUUGGUCAUGCUGAUUUCCGUGUUUAUCAUUCUACUUUACCGUACCGGAAGUCGUGCUCGCCAUCAGCGGGAGCUUCAAAGUCAACUACAAACCAUCAGUGAACUGUUAGUGAAUGUUAUUCAAGCAGAUAACAACAGCCCACGUGGCCCUGAGGAUGUGGACGAACCACCGAUGUAUGAAGCUCCACCAGAUUAUGAUGAGAUAAUUAAGGUAGGGAUGGAUGAUGAUAUCAAGAGAAAGCGCAGGAGACACUCGUCGUCCGCUUCGGGACGACGAAGCCGUAUGAGACGAUCCCGUAGACCGAGCAACGUAUCGGAAAGUAACAAUCCGAUUUUGGAAGUGCGUUUACCUCCGGAGCAGACGGACGAAGGUCCUUCAACCAGUGCCACGCUUCAGGUUCCGUACGGUGUAGAAGGAGGUGGUCAUCAUGCUUCUGAUUAUGAAGACGAUGAACCUCACUGGAAUCAAUCGGAACCGAACUUCUUCAUGUCAUCCCGUAUUGUAGAAGCUCCACCGUCGACUUCGGCGAGCCAGAGUUUCAGCGUUGGCUGCCAAACAGCAGGAACAGCUCCGGCCGGGUGCUCUUCGAGCCCUCCGCCGACGUACGACAAUUCGGAGUUCUUCCACAAUAGUCUCCACCCGGUCCAGAACGCAUCUUGCUCCACAUCCAAUUCGGACAAUUUCUCACGAGGCUUCGCUGAGGAGCCUCCUAAUGUCACGCUAUCGCUGAACGGUACUCCCCAGCAAUCGACCGAUCGGUUAUCUCCUCCACCAGCACCAGCUCCGGUCGGAACGACCUGUAGCAUUUCGGUAGAUACCACCGUCGCCAGACCCCAACACAUAUGGAGCCAGAACACCCGCGUCCAGCGUCCUUGGCUGGCAUUCAGUGGAGAUGAUCCACAGGGUGCUGCCAACUCUUCCGGUUUUCUACCAACACUUAACACUCCUCCGCAUGACUUCAGUGGUCAGCAAAUCUUCAGCUCCGCUGAUCUUAAUCAAAUUAACGAGAUCGAUACGUACCUGCUGGCGUACGGAUCCAGAUCCAAUGAGGAAUUGGGAUCUCCCGGAGCAGUCAGCAGUACUACUGAAACCUGGUCCAACAGUACUGGAUGUUCGCAUCUACCGUCAACAUGCUCUUUCGUGAGCAACUCAUGUGCCUGUUCGUCAGUCGGAUCCAAUGCUCGCAGCGCAGGCUCCAACAACUAUGAUUAUAUCAUCCACAACUGUCCCCGAUGUAGGGAAUCUCAACACCUCCACACAUCUUUGUGCCCGAAUUACAACCCUGGCAGGACGACCACGCUUCCUGCUAUCGUAUGUUCCACAUGUGGUGGUAAAAUCUCCCUUCAAGAUGGUCUUAACCUAUCCGGUGGAUCAUUGCAACAACAACCGCCAUCGACCACCAGCGAUGGUCAGCUUGCAGCCCUUCCAGGUACGGCUGUCCGGUUGUGCAAUUGCUUUCCCAAGUUUCCCUCGCAGACCGGUAUGGUGGCACGGGCCGGGUCAGCAAAUGUGAUAUCCACCACGGCCCGACCGAUGUCGCUGGAACAGAUCGACACCACCAGCGCGCGGCGCAGUGUUGCCAGUUUGACGAGCAACUUUGAGGCGUUCCUCAACUCGCAUAUCGGCAUACCAAAUUCCGAAUUGAAGUCUUAGACCAGUGAUUUUUAACCUUUUCUAGCAUGGUUGCAUCCUCCUUCUCAAACCUGUUGAAAACGCUGUCAUAGACCAUAGAUAGAAUAUGAACUAUUUUGUACAAUGAAUGUUUCGGAUAUUGAAUAAAACUAAAUAAGCCAUAGUGCAUGCAGGAUUCCCUUAAGUAUG